GAGCACCAGUCGAGCCGAUUUGAUGGUGGCGGUGAAGGAGCGUGUUGCCUGAAGUGCUCCUUUCUUCGCAAGUCGAACAGACUAUUGAUUUAGUAAGCCAGGCAACUGGUGGCUCAGAGCCGCGCUACGUAAUACAAAUAGAAAUGAUAAGAAAAGAAAACCCGACAGACACGAGGCUCAAACUGCUGAAGAUUCGGAAUCAUGCCAUGCCAACCAAAUCUCCCGUGCCGUGCCGACCUCGGGGCUGUCCUCUCCUUCUCUGCACGUGCACGUGCUUCCUUGCUACCUGCCCGAGGCCGGGGCUUUGUACGCUCUUGCCGAGGGCGACUAUAAGUUUGCUCCGAUCCUGGUAACGGUUUGUCGUCCAGAGCUCGUUGUCGUCUCGUCAUUUGAAUUUUUGCUGUCCAGAAAAGACUCGCAGAAAGUCACUUCUGUGCUUGCUUCAGCAUCUGAGUCGUUCUCUCUUCUCUUCCCUUCUCUUCUCUUCUUCGUUGAGGUUCUGGAUCGUACAAUUCGUCAAGAUUGUUCUGGAGCGUGGGUUGCGAGCAUCAAGGCCGUCGUGCGAAGAAGACCUCUGACAAAACCGCAGCUGCAGUUGAGCUCCGAGCAAUUGAUGCGCAUUGUUGCGUCGGAAUCCUUGUUCUUCUGGUUCGAGGUCUAGCUUACAGGAACAGACCUGUAGUUCAUCUGGCGAGGAACCAAUCAAGCAGCGUGUGUGGCCUGAUCGCGGACCUCUUGGCGGAAUCGUAGGAAUGUUCUCACAAAGCUCUGCGUUCGUGUUAGAACCAGAAAAUCAAUCAGCCAGAAAGAGAGCAGGAAUUCCCCCACACUGUCACGAAAAGCUCUGACCAGAACUCUGGGAUUCGGGGUAGAUGAGCAGCAGCAAAGGAGAAAGUUUGACACUUAGAAUUGGGUUACUCACUGCUGCAAAUUGGGGUCUGCAGUCGCUCGACUCAUGAGCAGGUGUGCCCGUCGUUGAGUGGACCAGGGGAAAGCGCGAAAUCGAAGUGGCCCUCAGUUCAUACGGUUGAGAUUGUAAUCGUGCGCUAGGAAUGGCAUCUGCAGCACUCCCGCGAGUCGUUUCCUUUACAAGAGAGUUUGCCACGGCGUACCUCCGCGAUCUCACAGGAAGGGGGAAUACAAGUUCGAGCAGCCUGUCGAUGAGCAGGAGCAGGAGCAGGGGCAGCAACGCCAAUGUCUCGAAUGACUGUCGUUUAAGAGGAUUUUCUGCUCUACAAAUUCAAGGAGGAAUCAGGCGAAACCGAGCAGUUGUGAGUAUGUGCGUGGGAAUGUCCGGAGACGAUUCUUUCUUCAAGUCCAGCGUGGUGCAAAAUGAGAUUGGACGUCUCCAGGCCGAUUACAAAAAUCUCCUUCAAAUCGGAAGGAAGUAUGGGCAGUUCGACAGAGAAGGAAAGAAAUAUUACAUCGAAGAAAUGAGGACUCUGAUUGAGAGAUGGCAGAUCUUCUACAAGAGAAUGGAGCUGUCAGAUGACUUCACCGCGAAACUCUGCGCCAAACAACUGAAAACCUCGGGUGGGCCGUUGGGCUUGAGCAACGUGGAGCUGGUCACGGCUCUGUACGUGGCUCUGGAUGACAUGCACCGCGAUGCCGACGAGGGCUUGUGAAAUCCUUCGCAACGUCAUCGAUCAUGCGACAUGUACAGCAGACCGACAUAUCACAACUGUGUACAGCUCGAAUGAGGCCAUUGGAACCAAGAAGGUUCCAGACUCUGUAACUCCAAACGCUGUUAAAUCAGAUUACCUUGUCAGUGAGAGAAAGGCGACGUAGAGAGAGGGAGAGAUGAGUCUCAAAUGCGAUCCCACUUCUUCUCUCGUGUAAAUAUGCCAUGUCUUUCCCUUUACCAAGUACAGCGAGUCUGAACCUAUUGUUGCUGGUAAAAUCAACGUGGAGGUAAGGUUGAAUUAACUUAGAGUCAUGAAGCUCUAGGCUACCGGGAGUGAACUUAGGCACUUAACCGACUACCAUUUAGAUAAUUGUUUCUCCCCCGACGAUAGAUGAACUGUAUUGUAACUCUUUAGCCGCCGAUGCCAAGUACAAGGUUAGCCGAUAAUUUUUACUUCUUGGCCUGCCGUGGAUUUUGAAGAUGAAAUUUUCCAAUCCGAUGUGCUGACAUUAGCUUCAACAAUUUUGGUGGCAAAUUUUGCGGCCUACUGCUAGUCCAGUUCAUAGCCAAGCAGUCAGGAGAGGUCGUUCAGUCGCGCUUAACUUGCUAUCAACUACAGCAGAAUAAUCAAUCAGCUGACUACUCCCACGAAAGGCCAACAGUUUGGUUGGACUAUUCAAUGGGUCUGUUGUCCUCCAUCCAAUUCCGAGUUUAAUGUUAAAGGGAUCAUUUUUCAGUUGUGAGCAAGUCUCACACGAGAUGUUUAAACUUCAAUAUGGAAUUCACAGACAUUUUCUUCAC